GCUCGCUUGAAUUGCCUACUAACUGCGGAAAAGUUAUCAUCACUCGUGCAAAAAAUAACGUGAGAAUCAGCGAACACAAGAUCAUCUAAAAAGUACUUUCAAAUUUUGUGUUGCACGAUGCUCGUUUUAACUUUCUGGCAGCACUUCCAUUAGAUCCACAUUUUAUUUGUAUGAAGUGUCAAAUUUCGCCGAUCGAAUGAGACAAAAGAAAGAAAAGGAACGGCAUGAUAAAGAUAAUGUUAUUAUGUAUACGCUCCGAAAGCAAAUCCGAAUUGCGACGUGCUGAGCCAGUUUAGAUGUUUAUCAACAAUCUGCUGCAACUGUGGAAGUACCAGUGGUUUUUAGUAGUCCACUUUAGUUGUUGAUUGGCAAAGAAGAAAUUAACAACACGUAGCUGAGAAACGGGAAAAUGACCAUGCAAAACAAUGCCCGCAGUAUUGUCAUCGAAGGAAGGUUUUCGCCCUGUUCGUUGCUGGCAGACCUCAACAAUUACAAUCCGGAUACGUUGGAUCUGUACCAGGAUCUGGAGGCCCAACAAUACUGGUUCGAAUGUUUUACCCAAAUGCUACUCAAGUUCGAAAGGCAGGCAGGCAACAGUCAACCGACGGACGAGAGCGCCAAGCAUCGAGCAGCGAGGUUCCGGGAGUACUGUGUGGAAGAAUUCAACAAACUAAAGGAUGGCAAAGGAGAAUCAGCAUCAUUGGGCAUAAGAAACCUACUGAAUAUUAUCGAAAGUGCUCUAAAAAUGCACGGAUUCUAUGAUCCCUGGAAAGAACAGAAAGCGAUAGAAAACAACGCAUCGGUAGGCCUAUUGAAACAGCGGCUUCAUCAACUGGAUGCGCUGGCUUGCGAUCGAGAGAAGUGGACGGAAGUUGUACGCGGAGUAUUAGCUGGAAACAUGUUUGAUUGGGGUGCUCAAGCUGUCACAAAGAUUUUGGAAACAAACAAUAGCUUUGGCCUCCAACAGGCGCUCGAUAGGAUACAGAAAAGACCGUGGCUCAUUGACGAUUUGGACGAAUGGUUAAAAAGGAUGGAGGACACGCCACACAGAUGUGCCACCAUCUUCACCGACAAUGCAGGAAUCGAUUUCGUCCUCGGUAUUGUGCCCCUGGUCCGUGAGCUACUGAAACGAAACACUAAAGUUCUGCUGUGUGCAACGAUUAACCCAGCCAUUAAUGAUAUCACCUACGCUGAGCUGGUCAAUGUGAUUGUAGUUUGCUGCGGGGAGUGCGAGAUCCUGCGCAAAGCUUAUCACGACGAGCACCGUUUGGAAUUGCUCGGAAACGAUCAGAUCGGGCCGUGCUUGGAUUUUCGAAUGCUUUCGAGUGAUCUUUGCGCUGCAAUUGAGAAGAACGGUGUGGACCUUUUAAUAAUAGUCGGCAUGGCCCGUGCUCUGCACACCAACCUUAACGCCAAGUUCUUGUGCGAGGCAUUCAAGCUAGCGGUUGUUAAAAAUGAAUGGCUCGCCAAACGGCUGGGUGGCGAAACGUUUUCCGUGGUGUGUAAAUACGAAAGCUAAUUAAACAUUACGCAUAUGUGAUGAAUUAAUAGAUGUAUAUUAAACAAACAAAAAACACAAAUUUAAACUCGAACUACAAUAAAGAUCGAACUUGUUGUUUACAU